UUCCAGACCUGUCUUGUAGCACUACGUCACAUACACGCAAUCCAUUGGAUACACACACACCUGGUGAGAGACUGAAGGCAGCGUCGCUUAUAACGAGAGAUUUCCUUUCUGGCAGAUCUGACCAUUUGUCUCAACGGUAAGCGUGGCCUGAGCGAUGCUCGAUGAGCGUGUGGUGGGCUCUGAACGUGCGGACGCGGGCAGAAUAUCGACGCGUAAGAGGUGCCGUGCCGCAAGGGCGGCAGCAAACAACAAGCAAUCAACGCCAGGGCGACAGGGGCACGGAAAAGCUAGACUGGCUGAGCAUACAUCUACUUCUCACAUCAACCGCUAUCUCACCCAUCCUCACCUCUCAAUGUCUUGACCCCUACUGCUCUCCCUCGACGCACGACUACGCCAUGGCUCGCAUCCUGGGCUCCGACCUUUCCACCACGCGCUCACAGUCCAGCAAGGGGGAGUCUGUAUCCACCACUACGCCUCUCUCCCACGCUCGAGAGGUUGCCCUGAGACAUUCCGCCAAUGCAGUCUCUUCUGAGUUCUUAAUACUGCCGCAGGCACUGGCGCCCACUGCACGGCAUCCGAGACCCAGGAGUCACGCCAACGGCCCUCCUGCACUACGAACCGCGGCUCUUCAGGCGGUGAGCAACAAGAGCGCUUUCACACAGAAGGCUGCCGAGACUCCAGCAAGCCCGCCUGUGCGCAUCGACCCGGCUGUGGUUUCCCCAUUGGACAGCAUCGCCUCUGACCGGCCUCAACAGGCCCCUCUCGAAGAUUCCAGUGCCGACGAGCAUCACCCAGAUCAUCCCGACGACUCUUGCGCUGAAGUCAGCUUGACUCUACGAGUUCUCCCAGGAACUCCCUCGGAAUCUGGAGACUCUCCCUUCGUAGCGCUCAUCAACCCGUGGGAGUCAUCCGAUGAGUCGGCGACCGAGAGUGAGGACGAGAUCGCGCAAGAAGAGAGAGCUGUCUUGGCUGCUCUCGAGUCGAUGGGCACUCCAUCGUCAGUAUCGGCAGCAGAGACGACGCACAUGUCAAUCCCUUCUACCAAUACAAAGCAUGGCUCAAGUACAUCGUCUUCACUGGCCUCAUCGGCACGGACCCGGUCGUCUGCGUCGAGUGGUCACCCAGUGGCGCGAGGCGGGGGCCAUCACUUCGAAGCCAGGACUGGUACAGAUGAGACUAUGGCGACCAGUCUCUUCCCAUCGCUAGCAGUUGGAGAGGCAAGCCAGCAAGCAAAAUCUCCUGUAGAGUCUGUCCGCCCGCUGCCUUCUUCUCCUACGAAAGCCAAGCAGCUCAUAGCCAUGUUUGAGCAAAGCGCCGCUGAGCCAGGCUCUAGAAGUGAGGGACCGUUGACUUUCAGACGUAACGAGACCAAUGCAGCUCACUCCGCUUCAGCAGUGAAAGGGCCUCGCCUUCUUCGACCUUCUGACCAAUGUGGCACAUCGCCAGUGCCCAGUCAGGGAAGCGUCAGUCCUGCUGGCAAGGCGAGUCCCUCAGCAAGAGCUUUGACGAAUCCCCGAGGGCCGCAAGGUCAAUCGAGAGAGCCACACAAUGAGGCAGCUACCUCGAAGAGUCGUCCAUCGUCUGGCUACGAGCGAGGCAGCAGCCCAACGUCUUCGCGUCCUCGCGCUCUGGCCCACUCUCGAACCAAAAGCAGUCCCGGUCCCGGAGGAGAAGGUGGGCAACGAUUGGCCCGAACUCCAAGUAGCCAGGUCAGUCUGUCCCUCCCAAUCGCAGAUCUCCUCCCCGAGCCGCCCAGACCCGGUUCGCCGGUCAGAGAGCUCAGUAGCUCGCCGGUACGUCGAGUCAGCCGUCCACAGUCGCUCUCCUAUCGAUCUACCGGGGGUACGGCUGAGCUUGAUGUCGGCGCUGCUGCAAAGGCUCGACAAGAAGGACGGAUCUGGUACUACGAUGUUCAUCGCCCAGAGUCUGAAUGGGUGAGGGCACAAGCGCUACUCUUCCCCUCUUCUCUCGCACUCAGCUGGAUUCCUCGCGGAGGUGGGCGCCAAAAUAUAGUCUUGGACCUCAGCAAGUGUCGAGAGGUGCACUCUUUACCGAGUGUUGAUCAUUCGGGUACCACAGAGGGUGACACAUUACAGACCGCUCGAGGGCAAGGCUUGGCUAGUAUGAAGCCUUUUCAAUUCGUCUUUGAGGACGGAGUAGAGCGGAUGGCAGUCGACAGCAUCCGUGAAAGGGCUCAGUGGGUAGCCGCGUCUCGAGAUGUCCUGUCAGAGGCUCGUACUGGCCAUUCACCCUCAACGCCUAUAGCCACGCCACUGAUGCAACAGUCUCCCAGAAUCGCAACUCGAUCGCGCUCGCGCUCACCAUCAGCCAGUAAGCAGACGUCUCCAAGGUCGCCUCGUUCGCAAGGCCAGCAGACACACUCCUCGGAUCCCCAGCUGCAGCGCAUAGGUGCGGCUUGGGCGGCGCCUUCUGUGCAAGGUCGCGAAAGUCAGGGCCGGGUGCCAUCUACGAAUCCGAGCUUGUCUCCCUAUCCUGGCACCGUCAGUGGAGAGUUUGGUCAAAUUCAGAGCGUCUCCAAGACAUUUGCGACUCAAGUCAAGGCGGGUGUACAGGCUCAAUCGCUACGGCCGGUUAUGGGUAGUCUGCUAUACGUUGCAGAGCCGUCCAGAGAUCGAUCUCUGCCCCUGACGCCUGUCAGCCAAGGUCGGCCUCUUCCGCCCGCUCGAAAGAGAGAGAGGGGAGGUGCAGAUGCUCUUGUGGCCCCUCGAUAUCCCUCGGCAUCCCCUCGCCCAAGUGACAACAUCUCGAUACGGUUUCCUUCUGGAAGCGCUUUGACACUCGGUGGCGGUGAUGAGCUGUGCCCAGAUGAUUCUGCUAGUCAACGGCCACCACGAAGCGAAGUUGACGAGCGAGUCGAGCUGCCUGAGCGCUUGACAAGCUUACAUCGAUCACCCCCGGCAGGGGUUCUGCCGCUCCAGAUACGAGUCGGACAGAUUGUGCCGCCAGAGGUUCUGAAGGUUACCUCGGCCGUCAAGACACCAGCUCAGGUCUUUAGAGAUUCUGUCAUGGAGGACACACUGAGAAAGACUGUCGUGCAAGAUGCGCCAAGCCCACCAGUACAGCCCCAGAUCCCAUCUGCUGCUCCUAGUCCGGUCGUCUCGCAGAGUGCCAAGCGCAUGUCGACGGUCGUGGAAGAGACUACGACCCAGGCCGAGCGCGCAGCAGCAUCCUCAUCGAGAAGAGUCAUCAGUCCGGCCGCUAGUCGAGAGAUUGCCGCUCCUGUCACAAACAAAGAGGAGGUGAGCCAGGUCCUCCGCUAUCUGGAUGAGGAGAGGCGCUCGCAAGCUUCACGAGACCGAGCCAUCGAAGAGUCCCUCUCCCAGCUGCGCGACAAGAUUGAAGCUGUUCAGAAGGGUUCAUCAGCGGGGGGCCACAGCGACGGAGGACUAGCCAAGCGGCUCAGCGAUAGUGCUCCCGUCUUGCCAAGUCGAUCAGAUCUCAGCGACGCUUCCUUUCUCAAGCUACAAGAAAAGCUGGACCGCGUCAUGGAGCUUGUGCAAGAGGUGUCUGAGCGCUCUGAAAAGGGCUCGGCCACACGAGAUCAAGAGGCAGAAUCUGCUGCCGAGCUCAAGCAUAUUGCGUCCGUUGUUGACGAGCUACUGGACAGAGCGCGGACGCAGAGCAUCGCUGGUGUUGACGAAGCUGCACGCUCCAUCCGCGCACCGUCACAGAUUAUCGAUGAGGCCUUCAGCUCGAAGAGACCCGCAAGCGCUGCCUCGGUCGCUCUGAGUGACUAUGCAACCGCUUACCCCGAUACAGCCGCUCGAGUCUCGAGACCUGCCUCGCAGGCGAGUAGAGCCUCGGCGCUUACUCUCCCGCCCAAGGAUUGGUCGUCUGCAAAUGGUGUUCCUGCCACACCCGUCAACACUUUGAGAGAGACCCAGACGGGAUCCCUCCAUUCGCAAAAGUCUCUGAGCAUCGCCAACCCUGACGGACUGGAGACUCUUUCGGUUUGGCAGGAGCGUGACAUUGUCGCGCCCGGAGAUGACGCUGCGCCUUCGACACUUGAUAUGCAAGCUGCGGUGGAGGAGCGGAGAAGAGUGAGACAGGCGCUUGAGAAGGAUGGGGAGCGUUCAGGUUCCAUCCUGGCACGUGCUGCAACUGUGGAGGACGCACCAGAGGUCACCAGCAACAGAGGAGAUCCUGAGGUGGAUCAACCGCCCGUCCCUGCGAAGGACGUGUCAAGAGCACCCUCCGUGGCAGGUGAAGCAGCAAAGGAAGAUGUCGUCGAGAUCGAUCUACAGGCGAAGGUCUAUCCAGAGCUCAUUGCUCUACAAGCUGCCCUCAAGGAGAUGGAGGAAGCUCGACAGGGCCAACAGCGGCAGCAGAACGAUAUAGCUCGCUACUUGAACCAGCUCAACGAGUGGCUGGAAAAAGACGUGGUGGAGCGGCAAAAGGAGCUGAAGACUUUGUCGGAUGCAGUAUCGAAGCUAUCCGUCGACGUCAAUGCAGCUCGCGAUGCAGUCGUAGAUUCCGCAACGCGGCAACAACAUAGCGGCCAAGCUGCUCCCAAUGCAGCACAGGACGGCCAGUGGCCAUUCCGUGUUCCUCCUCAGACUGUGGCAGCAGACGAAGCACCUGCAGCAUCUUGGCCCUUCAAGGCUCCUCCAGGCGCCGUUGCUCCUGUAGACGAAGACGUCGAUAGAGAGGGCCUGACAGGCGUAGAGGCCGAUGCAGCAAGAGUACACGCCUUGCACGCCGCUCACGACGAGGUGGUGAGUCAUGUAGGAUCUGUCAACCCGGCCGACGCCGUUGCAGCCGAGGAAGCAGAACCACCUCUGUCCGAGCAAGCUGUAUCAGAAUUGGGCGACGCCGCUGCCAAGAAGAAUCCUGGAAAGAUCAGAAAGAUUGUGAGAGAAGCGGCCAAGACUGGGGCUGGCAUGGCGGCUUUGGCUGCCUUGAUGAAGAUCUUCCACCAUGAGAAGAAGGUAGAACAUGAAGCCGGCGAUCAGCAAGAGGGCGAGGUAGGAGCGGUUCAAACCAACAAUGAGGGUCAGCAAGAGGGAGAGGCGGCAGGCUUAGUCGAAAAUGUGAUCGAGAAGAUGGCCGGACCCAAGGCUGCAAAAGUCUUCGAGUCACUUGCGCACGGAAAGGAGAUCAUACAUGCCUUGAAAGAAGGAAAGUACGACGAGGUGUUACACCUCCUCAGCAAGCUCAGAAAGGACAAGCCCGAGGCCGCUACAGGUCCGAGCGGGGCAGCUGAGAAUGUGGGCGGCGCGGCUACCGCUGGCGACGCGGCACAUGUCGGGUUUGCCGAGGCUGCGAUGGCAGCUGCUGCUGGUGCUGCUGCCGUUGCAGCUGUACCUGUGGCUCUCUCGCACGCCAACGAAGCUCUCGAUGCCAUCAAAGAAGGCAAGCUUACAGAAGCUCUACAAGCUCUGAAGGAAGGGCACUUUACAGAGGCGCUCCAUGAUCUCGGACGCCACGAAGACGCAGACGCACCUAGCAGCGGCACCCACAAGUUUGCAGAUGCGCUCAAGCAUGGCGCGAUGGGUGCAGUAGGGGGGGCCGUCUUGGCCACUGCAAUCGAAGAGCUGCUCAAGCACCACAAGGCCAAAGAGGAGCAGGAGAAGCUGAAGCAGGCCGAGGCGGAGAGGAGAGAGGCAGAGAAGGAGGCGGCAAGGCUAGCGGCAGAGAGGGCCCGAGAAGAGCAGAUGACGGCACUUCAGCAACAGCAUUCCGCUGCGAUCAUCAAUGCUCUGGCUGAAAUGGUGAGUGGAGCGUGCAAGCUUUGAGUGUAAUCGCAGCUGCUAAUGCACGACGCCGGCUGCCUCUGCCUCAUACUCCCGCCUUGCAGCUCGCGGCUGAGAAAGUACGCCAAGAACAAGUGGAAGCGCAAAAGGCGCAGAUCCUCGACCCCAAGACGGCUAUUGAAGCACUCGUUGCCGCACUGAAUGAAGUGCGGCUGGAAGAGGCCGCAAAGAGGACUGCUAGCGAUCAAGCAGUGGCUGCUCUU